CGCCUUUCAGGUGUCUCCCCCCAAAAAAGAACACCUUACUGCGCAGUAACAUCUCAAACAGAAUCCACAGUCUAAGUCAUCAAGGACACAUGAUAUUCCUAUUUUGGCAACGCGUUUCCCAGUUAGUGAGAGGGGAAGGUGGGAGUACACAGCUCCCAUCCUCUGGAGCUUGACCUAUUCAAAAGAAGCGACCACACAGGCUCACGUACAGAAAGCGAAGAAUGCUGGUUGUGAAUUUGUUCUACGGUGGAGUGUUGAUGCUCUGCUGGACCUGGCUCUGUGUGGCCCUCCAUGUCCCUCAUGGACAGCAGCUGAUCCAAGACCACAAUCCCACAGUGACAGACCACCAGACAAUGAGCUCAACAGAGACUUUGGAAAAAACCUCAUCAACAUCCACAGUUUUUCAUCACUCCCCUCACAGUGCACUGUGCUAUGAGGAUGACAUCUUCACAGCGUUGCAUGAAGGUGUGGGGAGCGACGGUGAACUCACAAACAGCAGUUUGACUCUGUUUGGAGUCUGUGCGGCAUCUGACGAUUCAUCAGCAUCAGUCUUAUCAGAGCUCGCUAAGGAAACAAGCAGAAACCAGAGAAAUGGACUGGAGGUUUUGCAUCCAACUGGAGUGCUCGUAGCAGAGGAAAAUGACAGUGGAAUACUAGAGCUGACCUUUGACCUCCCAUCGUCUCCUUUGCUCGAGCUGAGCCCUGUGCUGCUCUUGACAUUUGAAAGACAGCUCAAAGGGGGAAACCUGGACGUCACUUUCACCAGUCCGUCUCUGCAGCCUCACACACAGUCUGUGUGUAUCUCAGGAGAAACACAGCACAUAUUACUGACCGGAAAGCAUCAGCAGGCCAACGUUUGCCAGAAAUGGAGGAUUUCUGCUGAGACAAAAACCCCUGAUAUGAAGAAGAGCCUAAAAGGCAUCCUAAUUGGUGAAAAAUCAGGAAGUAACAUCAGCAUGACUCCACUUCUGCUUUUCUCUGGGAGAACGGGAACUGAAACAAGACAUACACAUGUCUCAGGCUUGUCCUUGGCCUCUUCACAGACCUUCUCCUUCCUCUGUGAGCUGAGGCGGUUCCUGGGUGACGUCCUGCCUAAGGAGCACCCCAAGUCCCCUCCGCUCCAGCUGGACUCCUUAAAGUCCAUGCCUCCCCUGUCACUGGGCUUGUCCUCCAGCGAGACCCUGCUGGCAGGACUGAUCAACUCCUCGUCCCCCACCGUCUUCUCUUUCACCAGACUGAGCUCCAUGUUUCCGGUGCAUCAUGGACAGCUGGCCCUGCCUCAUGAACUGUUGGAGGAGCUCAGGCAGAGGUUGGAGCAGAUUGUGAUGCAGAUAAUGGGGGUAAUAAGGGAGGAGGAGGUGGGUCACAGGGCCGCGAGGAGGCUGGAGAGGCUCAGAGAGCUCAGCGUGCUACCGAAGAAGGGACCGGCAGCAGGAGAAAGCCAGUACCGCGCCUUUCUUCUGCUGAAGGCCCUGCAGACGGUGGCCCACACGUAUGAUCUGCAGAAUCGACUGCGGGCCAGCAGGGAGGGCCGAAACACCCCGACGAGGGACUACGUCUGCGGGCUGAGCAGCCUCACCAUCUCCCUCAAAAGGCACGUCGUGGGUCCAGACACCGCCACCAUCAACAACUGCCGCGGCUCUUGCGCCUUCCCCCUGGUCAACGCCAACAACCACGCCGUCCUGCUCAACACCCACACUGAGAGCGGGACCGCGGAAGAGCGGGCUCCGUGCUGCGUGCCCGUGGCCUACGAUCCCCUCGAGGUGGUGAAUUUGAAUGAACAUGGGACUUACCUCUCUGUCAAACCAGAUGUAGUUGCAAAGGAGUGUGGAUGCCGCUAAAACUUGUUUUUCUCUCUGAGUGUAUCUGUGAGACUGUAGCUUGCUAGGUGGAGGAAAUGUGUCACUUAAUCGUCACAUAAUUGUUUCAUUCACGCAGUAUUGAUACACUGGUACUAAGUGCACAUGUUAAUUCAUAGAGGCCUCUUCAUAUGCCUAUACAAGGAGCAUAUAUACUUGGAGUAGAUGCACACAGCAAAAUCUUCUCGCACUUACAAAUGAUCAGAUUUAUUGAAAACAAAAAUAUGUGUGUUAACAGAUGUGAUAUAAUAAUUCAAGCAUCAAUAUUAUCAUCUUCCUCUGUAUGUAAAUCUAUCUCAUAAGUAAUCUGAAUAAUAAAAAAGAUGUUGUUUAAUCA